CGGGCGGGGCGCGCGGGACGGGCCGGCCGGGCUGCCCCGGGCGCUCCGUGCCAGCGAGCGCCGCGCGCCGCAGCCAUGACGGUGGAGUUCGAGGAGUGCGUCAAGGACUCGCCGCGCUUCAGGGCAACCAUCGAUGAGGUGGAAGCGGACGUGGUGGAGGUCGAGGCCAAGCUGGACAAGCUGGUCAAGCUGUGCAGUGGCAUGAUCGAGGCUGGCAAGGCCUACGUCAGCACCAACAGGCUCUUCGUGAGUGGCAUCCGCGACCUGUCCCAGCAGUGCCAGGGCGACACUGUCAUCUCGGAAUGCCUGCAGAGGUUUGGAGACAGCUUGCAGGAGGUGGUCAACUACCACAUGAUCCUGUUUGAUCAGGCCCAGAGGUCUGUGCGGCAGCAGCUCCACAACUUUGUCAAAGAGGACGUGCGGAAGUUCAAGGAGACAAAGAAGCAGUUCGACAAGGUGCGGGAGGACAUGGAGCUGUCCCUGGUGAGGAACGCGCAGGCCCCGAGGCACCGGCCCCACGAGGUGGAGGAGGCUGCGGGCGCCCUCAGCCUCACCCGGAAGUGCUUCCGCCACCUGGCGCUGGACUACGUGCUCCAGAUCAACGUCCUUCAGGCCAAGAAGAAGUUUGAGAUCCUGGACUCUAUGCUGUCCUUCAUGCACGCCCAGUACAGCUUCUUCCAGCAGGGCUACAGCCUCCUGCACCAGCUGGACCCCUACAUGAAAAAGCUGGCGGCUGAGCUGGACCAGCUGGUGGUCGACUCUGCGGUGGAGAAGCGCGAGAUGGAACGCAAGCACGCCGCCAUCCAGCAGCGGACGCUGCUGCAGGACUUCUACGAUGAGGCCAAGGUGGAGUUUGACGUGGACGCGCCCAGCGGCGUGGUGAUGGAGGGCUACCUCUUCAAGAGGGCCAGCAACGCCUUCAAGACGUGGAAUCGGCGCUGGUUCUCCAUUCAGAACAGCCAGCUGGUCUACCAGAAGAAGCUCAAGGACGCGCUGACCGUGGUGGUGGACGACCUCCGCCUGUGCUCCGUCAAGCCGUGCGAGGACAUCGAGAGGAGGUUCUGCUUCGAGGUCGUGUCUCCCACCAAGAGCUGCAUGCUGCAGGCCGACUCAGAGAGGCUGCGGCAGGCCUGGGUGCAGGCCGUGCAGGCCAGCAUCGCCUCUGCCUACCGCGAGAGCCCGGACAGCUGCUACAGCGAGAGGCUGGACCGCACGGCGUCCCCGUCCACAAGCAGCAUCGACUCGGCCACGGACUCUCGGGAGCGCGGCGGCAAGGGUGAGAGCGUGCUGCAGCGUGUGCAGAGCGUGGCCGGCAACAGCCAGUGUGGCGACUGCGGCCAGCCGGACCCCCGCUGGGCCAGCAUCAACCUGGGCGUGCUGCUGUGCAUCGAGUGCUCAGGCAUCCACAGGAGCCUGGGCGUCCACUGCUCCAAGGUGCGGUCCCUGACGCUGGACUCCUGGGAGCCAGAGCUGCUGAAGCUGAUGUGUGAGCUUGGAAACAGCACCGUGAACCAGAUCUACGAGGCCCGGUGUGAGGGUGUGGGCAGCAGGAAGCCCACGGCCAGCAGCCCCAGGCAGGACAAGGAGGCCUGGAUCAAGGACAAAUACGUGGAGAGGAAGUUCCUGCAGAAGCCGCCCACCGCACCAGCGCGAGAGGCCCCGAGGCGCUGGCGGGCGCAGAAGUGCCAACGCCCUCACAGCUCCCCCCGCGCCCCCACCGGCCUCCGCAAGGCCCGGCUGGAGCCCGUCCUGCCCUGCGUCGCGGCCCUGUCCUCAGCAAGCACCCUGGAGCGCAGGUUCCGCCGGGACUCUCUCUUCUGCCCAGACGAGCUGGACUCCCUCUUCUCCUACUUCGACGCCGGGGCUGCCGGGGCCGGUCCGCGAAGUCUGAGCAACGACAGUGGUCUGGGUGGCAGCUCAGACGGCAGCUCGGACGUCCUGGCCUUCGGCGCGGGCUCUGUGGUGGACAGUGUCAGGGAGGAGGAGGGCGCGGAGUCUGAGGAGUCCAGCGGCGAGGUGGAUGCGGAUACCGAGGCAGAGGCCUGGGGCCUGGCAGACGUGCGCGAGCUGCACCCCGGCCUGCUGGCGCACCGGGCGGCGCGUACCGGAGACCUCCCCACGCUGGUCGCGGCGCUGGCCCAUGGGGCCGAGGUCAACUGGGUCGACUCGGAGGAGGAGGGCAGGACGCCGCUGGUGCAGGCCGUGCUGGGGGGCUCCUUGAUCACCUGUGAGUUCCUCCUGCAAAACGGAGCGGACGUGAACCAAAGAGACAGCCGGGGCCGGGCGCCCCUGCACCACGCCACGCUGCUGGGCCGCACCGGCCAGGUCUGCCUGCUGCUGAAGCGGGGGGCCGACCAGCACGCCCUGGACCAGGAGCGGCAGGACCCGCUGGCCAUGGCCGUGCAGGCAGCCAACGCCGACAUCGUCACGCUGCUCCGCCUGGCGCGCAUGGCGGAGGAGAUGCGGGAGGCCGAGGCGCCCCCGGGUCAGCCGGGCCCCCUGGCAGGUAGCAGCCCCACGGAGCUCCAGUACCGCAGGUGCAUCCAGGAGUUCAUCAGCCUCCACCUGGAGGAGAGCUAGGGUCGGUCGGACCCGGCCCUCGGCAGCCACACCCCACCCCUGACGACACCACACGGCCAUUUCCGACAGCCCCAGUGCCUGACGCUGCGGGAGCCCCGUCCCCUCUCCCCUCCUUCCAGCGCCUGGACCCUCGGGCCAGGAGGGGGACGCUGGGAUGGGAGCAGACCCCAGCACCGAGUCUGCCGGAGCCCCACAGUUCCCUGGAGGUGCUGCGUCAUUUGGUGCCCUCACCCCCUCACCCGGGGACCCUCUGUCUCCAGGUCACCCUGUCCCUGGGGGCCUGGGUUGCUCACAUAUGUCACAAACCACUCUCAAGGCCCAUGCCACCUCACGUCCCCACUUGACUGUCCCAGCACAUGGACCUGCGAGCUGGGUCCCUCCCGCACAGCCCCAGGGCCCCGCGCUAGGCCCUGGGCGGGCGGGCGGCCGCCAGCACCUUGCAGGGAACCAACCUGAGUACCUCACGGGGGACCCCAGCAUCCAGGCAGGCGCGGGGUAGGUGGCCCCUGGCCUGGGCCCUCAUCCCUGGCUGGGCGCAGGCGUCCAGGGCCACGUGGCUGGCCACACAGGCCCCGGUGCCAGGUGGCCCCAGGCCCGUCCCUGCCUCCUCCAGAGGCCCUUCUCCUGGUACUCAGCCGGGGCCUGUGCACAAGCCACUUUCCACCGGCACCCGAUGUCCUGUCGCUGCCCGCGUGGAUUCUCUACAGCAACCUCGUUCUGACUCUUUCCUCUGGACCCCGAGGACCACCCUGACUCCAGCUCUGCCCGCCUGGGGGAAGCUCCUGCCCCUCCCAGCCUUGCCCCUUGGGCUGGGCCCCCUGACGGGUCCAGGGGCCCCUCAGCUUGUUCUGUGGGGCCCACCGAUGCCUUCAUGCUCCCCUUUUCUGCAGGAGCCAGGACAGAGGCUGGGCCUCCCAGCUGUGGGCCCUCAGUCCGGCCAAGGCCAGUCAGCUGGCCACUAUGCAAAUGCUGCCCGGGAGGCCCCCAGUCCCCUGCCUGCUGGCUGUGACCCCUAAAGAGCAGAAUUAACUCCCUCCCCCUGCUUGAGCUCGGCCCCUCCUCCCAGCCCUGCCCAGGCCGGGGUCGGCCCUCCUGCUCCGAUCAGUCACUCGCUGUUAAUAAACUGCUUGCGCCCACUGCCUG